AUGACAUACAAGGGCCGACCCAUUCGCAUUGCAGGUGCCUCGGGCUCUGCCUCAGACCGGCGUCAUGCUAUCGCUGAUUUUGCGCGUCACCACCCGACCGAUCCUAUCGAUGUUAUCAUUGCGGAUUUCAUGAGCGAGUUUAACAUGGCCACUGCCGCGGGUCGGCGCGUGGACCAGGCGACCUCUCAAGGACCAACACCCCCGGCAUACGAUCUCUCUUUUCUAGAAGCACUUGAACCGGCUCUGGGUGAUUUGGCCAAGUAUGGAAUUAAGCUCGCGGUCAAUGCUGGAGUGACUGACACAAAGGGUCUCUAUGAUGCGGUGAUGCGCAUGGUUGAGGCAAAGAAACUGGACUUGAAGAUUGCAUGGGUUUCCGGAGACGAAGUGCUAUCUACUGUCCAGAAGGGAUUGACUUCUGGGUCUGAAUUUCGCAACGUCUACACAGGCGAGCGAUUGGCAGAUUGGUCAUUCGAGCCCAUCUAUGCCCAGUGUUAUCUCGGUGGUUUGGGUAUCGCGGCUGCACUGGCAGAUGGCGCGGACAUUGUAUUAUGUGGGCGGGUCUCGGAUGCUUCACCGGUUAUCGGAGCUGCUUAUUGGUACCAUGGCUGGCACCGAGACGAACUUGACAAGCUGGCAAAUGCCUUCGUGGCGGGCCAUCUGAUCGAAUGUAGCAACUAUGUCUGUGGUGGCAAUUUCACGGGAUUUAAAGCUCUAGAGCACGCAGAUGGAGAUGGCUGGACCAAUAUCGGAUAUCCUAUCGCCGAGAUAUCUGCCGAAGGCGACGUUGUGAUCACCAAGCAGGUGCAUGCUACGGGUGGUGCGGUAACUGUCGAUACUUGCACAUCCCAACUGCUGUAUGAAAUACAAGGACCUUGGUACUACAACUCCGAUGUCACAUCGGUCCUCGAUGGUAUACACUUCUCCCAGCGCGGCGUCAACCGUGUCGCUGUUCAUGGAGUUCGAUCUGGUCCUCCUCCACCCACCACCAAGGUUGGUAUCACCGCCCGAGGGGGGUUCCAGGCAGAGGCGUGGUGGUUCUUGACUGGUCUCGAUGUUGAGGCCAAAGCUCGCAUGCUGGAGGCACAGGUCCGCCGACUGUUGGCACCUUAUUCGGACAGAUAUACAUCGCUGAAUUUCGAUUUACUGGGCUCUUCCCUCCCUGACCCGCCCAACCAGAAUCGCGCUACUGUGCCGCUGCGUAUCGUCGCACAGGCACGACACGCAGAGGAUCUUGCACCGACUCGGUUCCUUAAGCCUAUCACCGAUAACAUCAUGCAGGGCUACCCUGGCGCUACUUUCCACUUGGAUAUGCGCCAGGGAUUCCCGCGUGCCAUAUUCGAGUACUAUGUCACGUUGCUGCCACAGUCCGCAAUCCAGCAUCGCGUUCACAUGCCCUGGAAGCCGACGGCAUCCACACAGACUCUGGAUAUCUCGCCUCCAGCAAACACCAGGACAUAUCCAUCACGCCAACCCUCGCAACCAGUCACAGACACUGACGGACCUAUCGACCUUGCCCGCGACUUUGGGCCAACGACUCGUGGCCCGCUAGGCUGGAUCGUCCAUGCCCGCUCUGGGGACAAGGGCGCCGACGCUAACUGCGGCUUCUGGGUUCGUCACCGUGACGAGUACCAAUGGCUGCGGGCAUUGCUGUCCCUUGACAAGGCGCAAGAGCUGUUGGGAGAGAAUGGCCGCGAGAACACGAAGUUGGCGAUUGAGCGCUUCGAGUUGCCUAGCCUUCAUGCUGUGCAUUUCCUGUUUCGCAAUCUGCUGGACCGGGGCGUUGGUGUGACAACCACGGUCGACUUUCUAGGAAAGAACGUGGCGGAAUAUCUGCGGGCACGGCAUGUUGAUCUUCCUGUGCGAUUCUUGAAUCGCGGAAAGCUAUAG